AUGUACCGCCGCCCCACGUUGCAAGGCAGCUGCCAGCAUGGAUUGGAUUGGCGCACUCGUUUUCUGCCAGAGAACGCCGCCUUUUUGUUCGGCAGCAGCAGCGCCGACCUCAUUGAAGAACAGCAUUGUGCUCGCGCCAUAGCCCAGGGAGAAGGCCAGCACCGUCAACGUCCUGUUGCUGGCUCCUCGGCGUAUCAGUCCCCCUCACCUUUACAUCAGAAGUAUAUCCGCCUGAGAGGGCACGUGACUGCAAUCGCUGGAAUCACGCUGACCAAAGGCGCCACGAAGCAGUCAUUUGCUUACGUCGCGACACCAUUACCCAAGGGUCAGCUCAUCCUCAGACGACCCAAGCAGCAACAUUCGGCACCGCUUGCCCGCAGGAUCGGGACUCCAGCGACUCCUCUCAUCAGGAAGCUGAUACCCGUCACCCAUCGUCACUUGUCAUCAUCUGUGACCCUUGAUUCGUCAAGCAUCCGGCAGUCUCUGCUUCACGCUCCUUCUUCGACGAAACAUCUUCAGCGGGGCCCCCCCAGCGCAGGCUCCGACAAAAAGUGGGCGACCAGAAUGAGCGACCGCUCUGCUGAGGUGCAGAGCCUCAUCCGGACCAUCCAGAUCCCGGCCAUCUCAAAGACUGCGCUCCAGGCCAUCUGUACUAUGAAUGGUCUGCCCAAGACCGGCAACAAGAGUGACCUCCAGCGCCGCAUCAUUGCCCAUAUCAACUCGUGCAGCGCCGAAAACGACUGGCAGCGCCUGAAGGAAGUCAGGGAGAGCAUCAUCCAAAGGGCGCCCAUUCAUACCCACCACCUGGUUUCCUCGGCCCAGUCGCAGCCGCAAUCUACAAGCCAAACCAGGUCCCAGUCGCACGCUCAGAUGCAAUCUUCUAGUUCGGCCCAACCGUCAGCGCACCAAGCGCAUCCAACUCAUCAACCUCAGUCCUACCCCCAACCUCAGUCACAUACUACGUCACUCUCGCCAGCGCAUACUCUAAGUCUCCCCUCACAACCUCAACCGUCAGCGACUUACUACCCACCACCUACUUCGAGGCAGUCCCAUUAUGCCUUGCCUGGUUAUCCCCCUGCGCCCUACGCUCCAACGACACCAACCUCCCUUCCAAGACCAGCUAACCCUCAAACUGUCCCUUACCACACCAUGGGCACCGCAGCUAGUCGCUCGCGGCCAGCUGGUGGCUAUAUAGCACCAACUAUCACCUACAAACCUAGCCCUUUCUAUGAACCGCUGUACCAGGUUGGAGAGGUCAGGACUCUAGAGAUCAUGACUUCUCAUAAGAAUACGAAGGUGAUCCCAAUUAAGGUGCAAGAUCACCCGGCGCUUCAGUUGUGUGUCAACGACCACUCCAUGAGGCUGAUGGUCUUUUGCGCUGGGGGCAACACUGGUGUCCAAGAUGUCGCAUUUCCCUACCAGUGUGAGCUCAAAGUCAAUGGUGGUGAAAUCAAAGCAAACCUCCGCGGCCUGAAGAAUAAGCCCGGGUCUACUAGACCUGUGGACAUCACGGAUGCGCUGCGGCUGAAGCCCCACUACCAAAACAACAUCGAAAUUACUUACGCCUUGACGCAAAAGAAGUUCUACGUCAACUUGAUCGUCUGUAAGACGAUGUCGAUUGAGACCCUGGUCGAUAAGAUUCGGAACAAAAUCCGAAAAGACUCGGUCGUCGCAGAGAUCACAAAAAAGGCCAGCGAUCCCGAUGUGGUGGCUAUGGCUCAGAACUUGAGCUUAAAGUGCCCUCUUUCUUACAUGAGACUCAAAAAGCCGGUCCGCGGCAUCGGCUGCAGCCACAUCCAAUGCUUCGACGCUACAUCCUAUCUCCAACUACAGGAGCAGGGCCCGCAAUGGCUCUGCCCUGUCUGCAACAAGCCGGCGCCAUACGAGCAGCUGGCUGUCGACGAAUACGUCCAAGAAAUCCUCCUCAAAACCCCCGAAUCCGCCGAGCAAGUGACUAUCGAGCCAGACGGCCAAUGGCACCAGCCCGACGCCCCGCGCGCCGCCUCCACCCCGCGCCGUCCACAACCGACAGCCAGCUACUCCGUCGACGAUGAUGAUGUCGUCGAAAUCAGUAAAGUCGUCAGCGGCCCCAGCCGCAGCACAGCAACCCCCUCUGCCGCCCCGCUCUCCUCAUCCGCCACUCCGCUCAUGGCCACGCCGCCGAGCGUCGCUUCCGCGGCCACACCGGCUCCGCGGUCAUCCAACAAACGGCCGCCGCCAGAAGUUAUUGAUCUGACGCUGUCGGAUGACGACGAGCCGCCGCGCCCGGUGAAGAGGGCAAAUUAUGGGACUGGGUGCUCGGGCGGCGCGUACUAG